AAUUUAUCCUUUUCAAAGUUGACACCAAAUAUGGAACUGAGAAACCAAACGGCAGUUUCAGAAUUUCAUCUACUUGGACUGACAGACAAUCACAAAUUGUUGCCUCUCAUCUUCACCAUGUUCUUCUCCAUGUAUCUGACCACAGUUCUGGGAAACCUGCUUAUCAUCAUAACUGUCGUCUCUGGGUCCCAACUGCACACUCCCAUGUACUUCUUCCUCUCUAUUCUAUCCAUUAAUGACAUCUGUUACAGCACAGUCACAAUACCCAAAAUGCUGGUGAACAUUCAAGAACAUGAUGACAGCAUAAGCUACAUAGAAUGUCUCUGCCAAAUCUUCUUUUUUUCAGUAUUUUGUGCCAUGGAAAACUUUCUCCUGGCAGUGAUGGCCUAUGACCGCUAUGUAGCCAUUUGCAAACCCUUGAGGUACAUGGUCAUCAUGAACCCUAUUUGCUGUGCCCUGAUGGUUCUACUAUCCUUUUUCCUUAGUGUUAUGGAUGCCUUACUCCACAGUCUGAUGGUUUUGAGACUUUCUUUCUGCACAGACCUAGAAAUCCCACAAUUUUUCUGUGAGCUGGCUCAGGUUAUUAAGCUUGCCUGUUCUGAUACUUUUCUUAAUAAUUUAUUUAUAUUUGCCGCAGCUGUUGUCUUUGCAGGUGGUCCUAUCUGUGGAAUUGUUUUUUCAUAUAUUUACAUUGUGUCCUCAGUCUUGAGAAUGCCAUCUUCUGGAGGAAGGCACAGAGCUUUUUCUACUUGUGCAUCACAUCUGUCUGUUGUUUCCUUGUUUUAUGGGACAGGAUUGGGGGUGUGCAUCAGUUCUGCAAUGACAGAUUCUCUUAGGAGCACAGCAAUGGCUUCUGUGAUGUACAGUGCACUUCCUCCUUUGCUGAACCCCUUCAUAUAUAGUAUAAGAAAUAGAGAAAUGAAUGAAACCUUGAGAAAACUUGCUGGUAGACUCACUUAUCAUGUUUGA